GGGCCCCGACGAGCCUCCCGGGGCUCACGGGGCCCCUGGUUAUUUCAUCCCGAAGGUUCGCUGUGCCUGCCCGGGUUUGCCACUGGAAACAAUGGGGGCUGGGGGCUGGGGCCUGUGGGCUGGAGGCUAGAGCGCGAGUGCUGUGCGGCGGGGGCGACCAAGAGAGUUUCCGCUUCUCCGGCCUAUAGCUCUGCCUGGCCUGUCCGCGGGCCGCAGCGGUGGCACCCCGGGGAGCCGCAGGUGUUGAUUUAAGGCUCGGCUGGGCUGCCUUCUUCCCACAUCCUGCGGCGCCCGCGGCCCCGGCGGAUCCAGUGCCGGGUUUUGUGAUCCGCCUGCACGUAGAGGCCGCGCCCCGAACCGCUAGCCAGAGGACAGGACCCCGGGUGCCCUCUGCUCCGCUGGGGUCCCCGCCUCCCUUCAGUCUCCAGGCCACCGAACGCUUGGGACCACUGUGCUGUGAGCGCGCAGCCCUACAGACACGACCCACAGUGUCUGCUCCCUCGAGCCUUGGCGGAGUGAGCUCCCGGAGUCGGACUCCCCAGGGAAAGCGAAGCUUCGCUGUCAGGGGAGCGACCUUCGCCCGCAGCCUCCUACUCUGCCUUCAGAUCUCGGCUACAGUGGCACCUCCCAGCCAGGCUUCUCCUCACCAAGACAUCCGAAUUAGCGACCACUCGUUCUCCAUCACAUCACCCUAAUUUAAUGCUCAACGGGGCAUUUAUUUCAGCCUCGUGUGUCUUGUGUUAGUUUAUUGUCUGUCUCUGGAAUGUCUGCUCCACGGGGCAAUGAUCGUGUUUUACCAGCGCGGUGCCGGGUUCCUGGCGUCUAGGGCCCGGCCCGGCCGGAAGCAAUGGGCUAUCACAUUUGCUUGAUGACCGGUGUUCUGAGCACUGUACGAGACAGAACCGCCGGCCUUUCUGCCAGGGGCGGGGCUUGAUCCGGCCACGCCCAUGGACCCGCCCCCAGAUCUAACCCGCUCCUCCAGCUCCUCUCCCAGGAGUCAGCCAAGGCCUGUGUGGUGCUUUUUCCUGUAGUUUCCCUCGCUCGUUCUGCAGCUGUCGCGAAAACCCGGAGCGGCGGAUCUCAGAGCGGGCGGAGCGGCGCCGCCCCUCGCGGCACCUCCCCGACAGCCCUCGGCGCCGCGCUGGGCAUGCUCAGUCGGCAGGGCCGCUUCAGCUCUUGGAGUAGGAAGCUUGGGCUCUCCCGCUGAAAGGAGCCGCGGCGGGGGGAAAAUGGAGCCCUUCACGGAUGAUCGGCUUCAGCUCCCCAGGAAUAUGAUUGAAAACAGCAUGUUUGAGGAAGAACCAGAUGUGGUGGAUUUAGCCAAAGAACCUUGUUUACAUCCUCUAGAGCCUGAUGAGGUGGAAUAUGAGCCCCGGGGUUCACGACUGCUGGUGCGGGGUCUCGGUGAGCAUGAGAUGGAUGAGGACGAAGAGGAUUAUGAGUCAUCCGCAAAGCUGCUGGGCAUGUCCUUCAUGAACAGGAGCUCGGGCCUUCGAAACAGUGCAGCCGGCUACAGGCAGAGCUCAGAUGGGACUUGUUCAGUACCCUCUGCGAGGACCAUGGUGGUCUGUGCUUUUGUCAUUGUGGUUGCUGUUUCUGUAAUCAUGGUGAUUUAUCUACUGCCCAGAUGUACCUUUACCAAAGAAGGCUGCCAUAAAAAAAACCAAUCAAUGGGAUUAAUUCAGCCAAUUGCAACUAAUGGGAAGUUGUUUCCCUGGGCACAAAUCAGGCUUCCCACUGCCAUUAUGCCAGUACGCUAUGAACUUCACCUACACCCAAACCUAACCUCGAUGACAUUCAGGGGCUCUGUGACGAUUUCACUUCAGGCUCUUCAGGCCACAUGGAACAUAGUUCUUCACAGCACAGGCCAUAAUAUUUCAAGAGUGACCUUUAUGUCAGCAGUUUCAAGCCAAGAAAAACAAGUUGAUGUCCUGGAAUAUCCAUUUCAUGAACAAAUCGCCAUUGUUGCCCCCGAGGCCCUUCUUGAAGGGCACAAUUAUACCUUGAAGAUAGAGUAUUCGGCAAAUAUAUCUAGUUCUUACUAUGGGUUUUAUGGCAUCUCCUACACAGAUGAAAGUAAUGAGAUAAAGUACUUUGCAGCAACUCAGUUUGAACCCUUGGCAGCGAGAUCUGCUUUUCCUUGUUUUGAUGAACCAGCAUUUAAAGCCACAUUUAUCAUCAGGAUCAUAAGAGAUGAGCAAUACACUGCUUUAUCAAAUAUGCCUAAGAAGUCAUCAGUCAUUAUGGAAGAUGGACUUGUUCAGGAUGAGUUUUCUGAGAGUGUGAAGAUGAGCACUUACCUGGUUGCUUUCAUUGUGGGGGAGUUGAAGAAUCUGAGUCAGGACAUAAAUGGAACCCUGGUUUCUAUAUAUGCUGUCCCAGAAAAGAUUGGUCAAGUUCACCAUGCCUUGGAAACAACUGUGAAGCUUCUUGAGUUUUAUCAAAACUACUUUGAAAUUCAAUACCCACUAAAGAAAUUGGAUUUGGUGGCUAUUCCUGACUUUGAAGCAGGAGCAAUGGAAAAUUGGGGUUUGCUCACCUUCCGAGAAGAGACACUUCUGUAUGAUAAUAAUACUUCUUCAGUGGUGGAUAAAAAACUGGUUACUAAAAUCAUCGCUCAUGAGCUAGCCCAUCAGUGGUUUGGUAAUCUGGUAACAAUGCAGUGGUGGAACGAUGUAUGGCUAAAUGAAGGUUUUGCUACUUUCAUGGAGUAUUUCUCUUUGGAAAAAAUAUUCGGAGAGCUCUCCAGUUAUGAAGAUUUCUUAGAUGCUCGAUUUAAAACCCUGAAGAAAGAUUCCUUGAAUUCAUCUCAUCCAAUAUCAUCAUUAUCUGUUCAGUCUUCAGAACAGAUUGAAGAAAUGUUUGAUUCUCUUUCCUAUUUUAAGGGAGCUUCUCUGUUGUUGAUGCUGAAAACUUACCUUAGUGAAGAUGUAUUUCAACAUGCUAUUGUUCUUUACCUGCAUAAUCAUAGCUAUGCAUCCAUUCACAGUGAUGAUCUGUGGGAUAGUUUUAAUGAGGUCUCAAACAAAACACUAGAUGUAAGGAAAAUGAUGAAAACCUGGACCCUGCAGAAAGGAUUUCCUUUAGUGACUGUUCAAAGAAAAGGAAAGGAACUUCUGGUGCAACAAGAAAGAUUUUCUUUAAAUAUGAAGCCUGAAAUUCAGCCUUCAGAUGCAAGCUCUCUAUGGCAUAUUCCACUAUCCUAUGUCACUGAUGAAGGAAAUUAUUCAAAGUAUCGAUCCGUAUCAUUACUGGACAAGAAAUCAGUUGUCAUCAAUCUCACAGAAGAAGUGAAGUGGAUCAAGGUCAAUACAGACAUGACUGGCUAUUAUAUUGUACAUUAUGCAGACAACAACUGGGAAGCACUGAUCAAACAGUUGAAAAUAAAUCCUUAUGUCCUGAGUGACAAAGAUCGAGCCAACCUCAUCAACAACAUCUUUGAACUUGCAGGUCUAGGCAAGGUGCCUCUUCAGAGAGCUUUUGAUCUGAUUGAUUAUCUUAGAAAUGAGACCUAUACUGCACCCAUCACUGAAGCCCUGUUCCAGACGGAACUCAUCUAUAACCUUGAAGAACUGGGGCACAUGGAUCUGGCCUCCAGACUGGUGACCAAGGUAUUUAAAUUGCUUCAAAGCCAGAUCCAACAACAGACGUGGACUGAUGAGGGCAGCCCAUCUGUUCGGGAACUGCGAUCAGCCUUGCUAGACUUUGCUUGCACCCACAGCCUGGAGAACUGCCGCACUGCCGCCAUGAAGCUGUUUAACGACUGGGUGGCAUCCAAUGGAACUCAGAGCCUACCCACUGAUGUCAUGACGACUGUGUUCAAGGUUGGAGCGAAAACUGAGAGAGGCUGGUCAUUCCUCUUAAGCAAAUAUGUCUCUAUAGGCUCUGAAGCAGAGAAGAAUAAAAUACUUGAAGCUCUUGCCAGCUCAGAGGAUGUACGGAAACUUUACUGGUUAAUGAAAAGUAGCCUCAAUGGAGAUACCAUCCGAACACAAAAGCUGUCGUUUAUCAUUAGAACAGUGGGCCGGCAUUUUCCUGGACACUUACUGGCGUGGGAUUUUGUCAAAGAGAACUGGAGUAAGCUUGUACAGAAGUUCCAUCUGGGGUCCUAUACCAUACAAAGUAUUGUUGCUGGAUCAACUCACCUGUUUUCAACAAAGGCACAUUUAUCUGAGGUCCAGGCAUUCUUUGAAAAUCAGUCAGAGGCAACCUUUCGACUUCGUUGUGUCCAGGAGGCUUUGGAAGUCAUUCAGCUGAACAUCCAGUGGGUGGAAAAGAACCUUAAAACGCUGACGUUUUGGCUGUAGCAUGCAUACCUGCACCUCAUUCGGUCACCCAUUCAGACAGCUUGUUAACUUGGGCUCUGCUGCUUUUGCAAAAGCCAAGGUGAAACCAGGAUCACCAGGAUCGCUGCUGAAUUGUUUGCACUCUUAGGAGUUCUAGUUUGCUCAGGGCCCGUCUGUAUUUUUCAUCUGUCUUUUCUAAAAUGUCUUUGGGCAGUGUGUAGUUAUUUAUUACCAAAUUAUAUUCACCUACAUGCCAACCAUCUACAAAAACAAUGGGUAAUUUUCUACUUUGAAAAUAUUCAAAUGGAGAAAAAAUAUGUUUUGGAAUUCUGUUCUAUCUCUCAGUAUCUGGAAAGUGCUGACACCAUGAAAUAAGGAAAGAGCUACCAUGGGAGCCACCAUCUUUGCAGGCUGCUGGUUUAUUAGCCACUUGUUGCUUCUUGUUGAGAGAUGUUAUUUGAAUGUGGUUCCAAGUUAGCUUCAGAAAGUAUGGUAAUGAAGUCGACGAAGCAUGCAACUAUAGAGAACUGACCUCAAGUGUGCAGAUCUACUUUGACUGGCGGUUUUGAAUAAUCCUUUAUUUUCUGGAAGAAGUUUAUAACUAUUAUAUUUUUUUUCUGAAGAAUAGCCAGGUGCUACAGAAUUUUUAAUUUUUUCUUGUAUUGUCAAGCUAAAUAACAAGGCCAAAAGAUUAAAUUUUCCAAAUAUUUAACACUUCCUUUUUCAUCUUUCAGGAAAAUAUUUCAAACCAAGUUAAUGUUAAUUAUAAUUAUUUUACUUAUGAAUUCCAGUAUUCUCCAAACCUCUGUACACCUUUAUCACUCCCUGCCAUAGAUACACCUUAUGUUAUAAAUAAGUAUUUCUACAUUUAUGGCAAGCAUUUUUUUAAUACUGGUGUCUCUUAUCAUGACUUUAUUACUAAGAAUACAAUUUGUUUAAGUUACUUUUUGGCAUAAUAGAUCAUAGACACUUUCUCUGAAUCAUACCCGUUGGGUGGAUUUUCAUUUUAUAUGAUAGAGUUGCAUAUUAGAAGCAUAUUUUAAAAUAGGGCCUUUGAGCAAUUGAACAUUUUUAUUUAAAGUUCACCACAGUACCUUAAAGGAAUAAAGAGAAUGUGUGUAGGAGUAACUUGAUUUAGGUUUAAUAUGGUGGGCUUUGAAUUUUUUCUACUGUCAGAAACAGUACUUUUCUUUAGUUGAAAAAUCAAAGUUUUCUUUUGUAAUGGCCAAACUAACAUUAUAAGGAAUGGCCAUGGAAAGAAAGAAAGAAGGAAAGAAGAAAGAGAGAGAGGAAAGUAUCCAAAACUGUAUGGCAAUCUUACUCCUUCUAAAGGAGGAAUACUGUACUUGAAUUUUUUGAGCUAUGCAGACUUAUACCUAGAUUGUUGUGUUUCUUUGAUUCUUAGGAGAAAAGCUUUCUUCGUAAUAAUUCUUGUACUUUAUAUUUUGCUUGAAAACAUCUACAUAUAUAAAGAGGAUAUUUACCCAUUUUUCACCUAAGAUUUUCCCAUGGAAUUCCAUACUUUUUAAUGUUAUGCUAUCCCAUCUAUAUGGGGCUUCCAAAAACUAACUCUAAGUCAGGAAUAUAAGGUUAAAUAAUAGGUAGAACAUGUAGUAUAAUAAGUAUUAUUGGAGCUUUUGAAGUUUUUUUCCCCCAGAAUUUUAUUUCACCACUGUAUUUCUGAGAACUCAAAUAGAUUGAAGCACAGCAGAAUAGGAUUCUAUUUUACAUGAGCACAUAGAUCCAUGACACAAUUAAGUACUGUUUGACAAGUGUUACAUUCAUUGCAGAGAGACAGUCUACUUGAAUUGAUAAAAAGGCACAUCAUACUAGAUUACUAGUAUGAUGUGCCUUCUUAUUGUAGAAGAAAAAAAUAUAUGCUUUGGAGAUCUGAAAGGCUAUGAAAGUAGAAAUCUAAGGAGUCCAGUUUGUUUAUAUCUAAUCACUUGUUAAUACCAAGUGAUUAGACAUAAUUAAACUGAAGUAGUGUCAACUGCCACCAUAAGUUUCUGCCGUCUUCCAUCUUGUUUUAUAUAAAUCUCUUUAAGUGAAAUUGUGUUGUUUGCCACUGUUUUGGUGUUCAUGAACUUUCUUACUAUCACUGGUUCUACUUAAUGCUAAUGUCCUUUGCCUUUCGUGUUUUCAUUUUACUGUACUUUAGCCACUGUAGGAACAAAGAGCUGUCAGAAGAGUUCUGGGUAUAUAGAGGAUAUUGAGCCGCGUCAGUCUUACUGGGUACAGAACAGAAUCCUUUCUGAAUAUUGGAAAGAAAGAAAUGAAAGUUAAGUGAUGAGUUUGUUGGAUUACAGAUAGCCUGUUAUUGAGUUGGAUUUUAAAAGUGUCUACUCCUUCUAAAGCACCCGGAAUGAUAAUCUGCAGUCAGAUUGCUGAACAUUCACAUAGUCCCCAUGUAUUUCAUGGGGCUGCAGGGAAGGUGUAUGCAUCUCAGGAGAUGUGUCAUCAGCAGGAACAGCAGUUCCUGGGCUGGGUUUGCAAAACAAGACCUGAAUUUCGUAGGUAUGAUGUAGCUCUUCUCCCUUUUGCCUUUGUUAUUUUUUUUUGAAUUGGAAUUAACUCUUUUUAAAGAGCUUUCUUCCUCCUUCUGCCCUCACACCCCCAUUUGUACUUUAAAAAGCCUAUGUAGGGGCUUCCCUGGUGGCGCAGUGGUUGCGCGUCCGCCUGCCGAUGCAGGGGAACCGGGUUCGCGCCCCGGUCUGGGAGGAUCCCACGUGCCGCG